GUUUGUGGCCUCCGAACAAAACAACGUGAAUUUAAUUAUUGUGUUGUUUAUUCGUUGUGAAUUCGUUGUUUAACGUGCAAUUUUCACCGCUACAUUGGCUGGUUUUUGCACCGACUAUUAAGCCCCUAAACGGUAUUAAACACAAAUAAACACCUUCGGCAAUUGAACUCCUAAAGUUUCACAUUACAUUCAGUACCUCAUAAAAUUCGUUUCCAAACGAAAUUGAAGGUGAAAAUGUAUGAAAUAUAGACGGGGCUGCUUAAUAUGAUGAGGCAAAUAGUAAAUUUCCUGUUCUGCCUAUCAUUCUUUAUUGGUGUAAGGGGCAUUAGUGAGACCCCCCAUGAGACCUUCGGAAGGACAGGAAAUUGCGCCUCUAAUCAAUUCCAAUGUGCGUCUGGCCAAUGUAUUCCUUACACUUGGCACUGUGACACCCAUAGGGAUUGUGACGAUGGUUCGGACGAACCGGAAGGGUGCAUAAGUGACCAAACCCAGUGCAAACCGCAGCAGUUCCGAUGCGCUUUGACUAAGAAAUGUUUGCCCAACGGGUGGGUUUGUGAUGAGGAGCCCGACUGCGGGGUACACCCAGAACUAGGCCCCGACCUGUCAGACGAGGAACCGAAACACUGCAAACCGGUGCACUGCAGGUUCAACGAGGCCCCCUGUCCGGAGGCCUUCGAGUGCGCCCCCCUGGACACUUUCUGCGACGGUCACUUGGGCGAUUGUCCCGGUAACAGCGACGAGUGGGACUUUUGCCGUAACAAGUCGCUCAGUUGUGACCGCAUGCGGUGCAGUUACAAGUGCAAACCGACACCUCAAGGUCCUCAGUGCUACUGUCCCACGGGAAAACGUCCCGAGGGUACCGACUGCGUGGACGCCGACGAGUGCCAAUAUGACGAAACCUGCGCCCAAAUCUGCAAAAACGUGAUCGGGUCCUUUAAGUGCUCCUGCGUCUCCGGGUACCAGCAGAACGGUACCGAUUGCAUCGCUCAAAAUGUUCCAGAAACCGAACCGCCCUCACUAGUCUUCUCCACCCAAUCGGAGAUCAGGAGGGUCACCCUGGACGGCAAAGCGUGGCCAGGCAACUCCUCCUUACGCCUAUUAAACAAUAACGCCCUGGAGUUUAUACAUCGAAACCACACUUUGUGCUACAUCCACCACAAUUUGACCCAAGCGGGCAUCGUUUGCGCCAACAUUAACGACCUGAAUCAGCGAUGGCAGUUGCAGGUCCGAUCUCCGAUUUUGAAGGUGGAUUCGAUCCAGCAGCUCGCCUACGACUGGAUAUCGGAGAACUGGUACUUCCUGGAGGACGAGAAGGAGGCGAUCAUCUUGUGCAACAACGGGCUGAUGUGGUGCCACCUGGUGGUGGAAAACGACAUCGGGUAUCCGAGAUCGAUAGCUUUAGACCCGACCAGCGGUUUUAUGUUUUUCACCAAAUGGGGCCUGAGCGCCCCGAUGCUCGAGCGUUGCAACCUGGACGGCACCAACCGCAAGUCCAUUGUGGACGUCAAAAUCGUUUAUCCUUACGGCGUCACCGUGGACUUCCCCACCAGAACCAUCUACUGGGUGGACACUUACCUGGACUACGUCGAAAAGGUCGACUACGACGGGAAGAACCGGAAAACGGUGGCGAAAGGGGCGCACGUGCGUAACGCGUACGGAGUGUGCGUGUUCCAGAACAGGGUAUUCGUGUCUUCUUGGUACAACAACAGCCUGAUCGAGUUUAACCGGUUAGAGGCUACGGACGGCAAAGUGAUCGUGAGCAACAUCAGUAGGCCGUUUAACGUUUACGUGUUUCAUAGGCAGAGACAACCCGAAGUGGCCCACCCCUGUAAAACGGCCUCCUGCGACCACAUCUGCGUGCCCACGUGGUCCGCGACCGGCGUCGCGUUGAAAACGUGCAUCUGCGCAACCGGAUACACCUCGUUCGGCGACCGGUGCAUCAUCAAGACCCCCGACAUGUUCCUGCUACUGACCAGGAACAAACCGGACAGCAUCCGGGGCGUGGACCUGACUUCCGGCAAGGACGUGAUCGUACCGAUCUUAAACGCGGGCCGUCCGAUGUUCCUGGAAUUCGACCCUCGAAGCAAAUCGAUCAUUUACUCGAACACCCAAGAGAACAGCCUAAAUAGCGUGUUGAUCGAUUCCGUUAACUCUACGAAAACUCUCCUGGAGGGCGUGGCCACCGAUUGCCUCGCCCUAGACUGGACCACCGGCAACUUGUACUUCAAUAAUUGGCGAAAGGGGGCGCUGGGCGUCCUGAAACUGUCCGAUCCCGGCAGGUUUAAGACACUGUUCCAGACUAAUUCCACCAUGUAUAGGAAGUCGAUUGCCUUGGACCCCAUUAGAGGCCUACUAUUUUUCACCGACUGGAUCCACGAUAAAAGCAAAGGGGCGAUCUACGUGGCCUACAUGGACGGUACCGAGCAUCGAACGUUUUUGGACGAAAACGUGGUUCAUCCCGCCGGUUUGGUCGUGGAUUCAAAAAAUGCCCGAUUGUAUUGGAUGGACAAACAGGCGGACGGGGUUCUGUUGCAAAGCAUAGGAUUGGACGGGAAUAACAGGAAAACCGAAAUCGCCAAAGGCCUGGGUACGUUGAGCAACCAACUGGUAAUCGCCCCAGAUCGAACGCUGUACUUCGUGGAUCCGACCCACGGCACCGUUUUAAGCUACAAAAUCGGCGAAACCAGUGUCAAAACCGUUUUCGCAAGUAACGCCUCCAUUUGGGACAUCAAGAUCUACGAUACGACGCGCAAACAACCGGUUCCGGCCAACUGCAGCGCGUGCCCCGACUUGUGCCUGCGCACCGUCGACGGCAACCUGACCUGCGCCUGCUCGGACGGUCUGCGCGUGUCCGACGACCGAAAGAGCUGCGUGCACAUCGAGAACUACACGUCCGCGCAGCCUUUACACUGUCCCAAGGACGCGUUCCAGUGUCGUGACGAGAAACAGUGCGUCCCGAAGGAUUACGUGUGCGACGGGGCGGAUAAUUGCGCGGACAAAUCCGACGAGAGCGCCGAACCGGGGGGACCCUGUGAGAAUGUGAAAUGCGGCGAGCAUCAGGUGAAGUGCGACAAUACGUCUUGUAUAGCUCGCCAUUGGCUGUGCGACGGCGAAAAAGACUGUCUGGACGGUACCGACGAGGACCCGAGGCACUGCGCCUCGGUCUGCCUCGAGAACCAGUUCAGGUGCGAGAAUUCGCGCAGGUGCAUCCCGCUGGUGUGGAGGUGCGACCACGUGCCCGAUUGCGGACCGAACGACGACACCGACGAGCUGAAUUGUAACAUCAGCAGUUGCGCCGUCAACGAGUUCACUUGCAAGGACGGCAGCUGUAUAUCGAUGAACUUCUACUGCGACUCGAUCAAAGAUUGCAAAGACGGCUCCGACGAGGUGGAUUGCGUCCAAUGCGACCCUAAAAAGGAGAUCGUGUGUCAACCGAAGGGCGAAUGUUUGCCCAACUAUUUACGUUGUAACAACAACCUGGACUGCCCCGACGGCUCGGACGAGCGUGACUGCGAGAAAAAGUACUGCGAACCCAACGAGUUCGCAUGCGGGAACUUCGAUUGUAUCCCAAAGAUGUUCCUUUGCGAUUCCGACCUGGACUGCAUCGACGGGUCCGACGAAAUGAACUGCGACGCCUCGAAAAUCCACAAUUCGACGGAGAUCAAUAAGAAAAUCGAUUGUUUGCCCCCAAAUAGGGCCUGUGAUAACGACACCAAGUGCAUCACCCCGUCGCAGAUGUGCGAUAACAGGAGGCACUGCGCGGACGGCACCGACGAGGGCAAAAACUGCUCCGGGGACACCACUAACGCCACGACGAUCGCGCAGACCUGCGUAUACCCCAACAGGUUAUGCGACAACGACACGAAAUGCGUGGACGUGCACCGGUUGUGCGACAAACGCGCGGACUGCGCGGACGGCGCGGACGAGGGUGCGCGUUGCGCGGACCAGAUGUGCGAGCACAGCUUCAUCUGUUCGCAUUUGUGCUUUAACGCGCCGGAGGGCGUGGUCUGUGAUUGUCCGCCCGAUUUGCACUUGCAGGCCGACAGGACGCAUUGUCUGGCCACACACCCGUGCGAGGCGUGGGGCGUCUGCUCCCAAAAGUGCAUCCCGCGGGGCUCCCGCUUCAAGUGCGCAUGUCUCGAGGGCUUCGCUCUUCAAGAGGACGGAUUCACGUGCAAAAGCGCGGACGAGGGUCGUCCCUUCAUCAUCUUCUCCAACAGACACGAGUUGCGCGGGGUCGACUUGCACACUUUCAACCACAAGUCGUUCAUUUCCAGCCUAAAGAACACCAUCACCCUGGACUUCUACCACUUCAACGACACCGACAUGAUUUUCUGGACCGACAUCGUCGACGACAAAAUCUACCGCGGCACAAUCGGCGGCGGUUCCCUCGGGAACAUCGAGGUGGUGGUGAACGCGGGUUUAUCCACCGCCGAGGGAUUAGCGGUCGACUGGAUCGGGCAGAACCUCUACUGGGUCGAGAGUAACCUGGACCAAAUCGAGGUGGCCAAGUUGAACGGGAGUUUUCGCAGGACGCUGGUGGUGGGCGAGAUGGAGAGCCCGAGGGCGAUCGCGGUCGAUCCCCGGGACGGUUUCCUGUUCUGGACCGACUGGGAUAGCGCGGCCCCGAGGAUCGAACGGUGCUCGUUGGCCGGACUCGAUCGACGGGUGGUGGUCAGGGUCGAUCAGUUCGUUAAGGGCGGAUGGCCCAACGGGUUGACCCUGGAUUACACCAUGAGGAGAAUCUACUGGGCGGACGCCCGUUCCGACUCGAUCCACACCAGCGACUACAACGGAAACGACCACCACGAAGUGAUCAGCAACCAGGAAUUCUUGUCGCACCCGUUCGCCAUUUCGUUAUUCGAAAAUUACGUUUAUUGGACCGACUGGCGCACCAACAGCGUCAUGAGGGCCAACAAGUGGACCGGGGGCGACGUCAAAGUCAUCCAGCGCACCCUCACUCAACCGUUCGACAUUAAGAUAAUGCACCCCAGUAGACAACCGGCUGGUAAAAACCCGUGCGGGAACGAUAAUGGCGGCUGUUCCCAUCUUUGUUUGAUACAUUUGAAUGGGACGUACAAGUGCGAUUGUCCUCACAUUUCCAGACUUAGCGAGGACAACAAAACGUGCGUGAACAACGAGCAAGUGCUCCUAAUAGCCCGUAACGGCGAAAUCCGCGGGGUGGACAUCGCCCAGCCCUACUAUCACACCAUCCCGACCAUAAGCGUGCCACAAGUGCUAAACCCGGUGCAACUGGACUAUUUCGCCCGUAAUAAGACGCUUUAUUGGGCGGAUUCGCAGGUGGACCACAUUAAGAUGUCGAACAUCACGCACGGACCAGUUCGCACGCUGAUCGACACCGGGUUGAGGCAAGUUUCCGGGAUCGCCCUCGAUUGGAUCUCGAACCUGCUGUUUGUCAGUUCUGAGGGUGGGAUCGUUUUAUCAAACCUGAACGGCGAAUACAGCACCGUGCUGCUGGAAAACGAGAAAAUCCACUCGGUAGCUGCGCAUCCGGCGGAAGGAAAACUAUUCUGGAUCCGUGGAGUGAACGAGACAGAAGCGCACCUGGAAAGCAGCGGAAUGGACGGAUCCGACAGGAAAACGUUGGUGCCCAAUCUGGAUUUCCAUUCGGGCAGUUUACUGGUGGACGCACCCGCUCAGAAGCUCUACUGGAUCAGCAAAUCCGAAAUAAUGCACUGCAACCUGAACGGCACCGACGUAACGAAACUGCGCCUGCGCAACAAAGUCUCCGUCACCGCCUUCGUGAUUUACAAGGAUCGCCUGUUCUACGCAGACGAGGAGGACGAGUCGAUUUACUCCGUCGAUAAAACGGAAGUGGCGCCGGAAGUGACGCUCCUAAGAAACGGCACCGGGGGCGUUUUGAGUCUGAAAAUCUACGAUUCGAGCGCCCAAGUCGGCGCCCACCCCUGCCAAACCGAAAACGGACGCUGCGAGCAUCUUUGCGUGCCGAGUGGGCGCAUUUCGUACGUCUGCAAAUGCGCCAUCGGUUAUAAAGUGGACCCGGGAAACACCGACAAGUGUCUGGGGAUCGAGGAUUUUAUUUUUUAUUCGUUGAAUUGGGAGCUGCACGGGAUUCCCCUGAAUGGGUCGAAGGAUUUCAAGGUCUUAGGGCCUAUUUCCAAGAUUUCUUCUGCUCCCAGCAUAGACUUCUUGGCCGAGGAGGAUUUGCUGAUUUGGGCAAAUAUUGAGCACGGACAGAUUACGCAAAUGAGGCGGGAUGGUACCAAACGUUCCAACAUCCUGGACCAGGGAGAGAUCCUGGAAAGUCCGUCGGAGGACUGGCUCUCCUGCUUGGCGGUCGACUGGAUCGCGAGGAACGUUUACUGGUGCGACUCGAAACGUGGUACCGUCAGCGUGGCACGACUGGACGGUACCCAGGAGCACGUGAUCCUGUCCAACGACACCCUCAAACCGAGCGCGAUCGCCUUGGACCCCGCCAGGGGGCUCUUGGUGUUGGCCACCCAAAAUAAAUUGGAAAUUGCGACUUUGGACGGUCGAAACCGACGCACCCUACUGGCCAAACCGAAGAAGUUCGCCGAUAUCGCUCUGGACACGAAGAAUGAGUUGAUUUACUUCUGCGAUUUAGUGGGUUCGACCAUCGAAAGGAUUAAAUACGACGGAGGUAACCAUUCGGUGAUUAUGACUAAUACCACCCUGCAUAAACCGGUCAGCCUGACGAUAUUCGAGGACACCCUGUACUGGCUGGACGCGACCAAAGAUGGCGGCUCGAUCGCCAAAGUUCCCCUGACGAAUUUCUCGGACGUUACGGUCUUGGAGGCAGGAUUGGGAGACUCGCUCAGCGACAUCCAGAUUUAUUCACGGAAAAAACAAAGUGGAGAAAACCCGUGCGGCAAAAACAACGGAGGCUGCGAGCAGUUGUGCCUGUACAACGGCACCCACGCUCAAUGCGUCUGUUCGCACGGCAUGUUAGACACGAAAAACGGGAAAAGUUGCAUCCCGUACGACAGUUUCAUCAUGUUCUCGAAAGUGGUCAGUCUGGACUCGAUCUUCAUGUUGGGCGAGAAGAAUCUGAUGAACUCGCCGUAUCCCAGUAUCAAGAACAGCAGCUUUUUGAAGAACGCCAUCGGUCUCAGCUUCAGCUACAGACACAAGAGACUGUUCUACUCGGACAUACAGCGGGGCUCGAUAAAUGCGGUUUUCUUCAACGGGUCCGACCAUCGGAUCAUCGUGGACCAACAGGGGGCGGUCGAGGGCUUAGCCUACGAACAAGUCGGCCACGCCCUCUAUUGGACUUGUAACAACGUUGCCACGAUUAAUCGCGUUAAUUUGACGGAGUCUCUGACUAACGCCUCGCAAGUGGAGAGUAUCGUGAGGUUGAGACCUCAAGACAAACCCCGAGGUAUAGCGGUGGAUUCUUGUGGGCAGACGGUGUUUUGGACCAACUGGAACCCCCAUCAGCCGACCAUCGAGAGGGCCUUUCUUAAUGGGUACAACAGACAAGCGAUAAUCUCGACCGACAUCAGGAUGCCCAAUGGGAUCACGUUGGACCAUAAGGCGCAAAAGUUGUACUGGGGCGACGCGCGAUUGGACAAAAUCGAGCGGUGCGAGUACGACGGUACCAAGAGGGUCGUGUUGGCCAAAGUGACGCCCCAACACCCGUUCGCGCUCGCUGUUUACGGCGAUUUCAUUUAUUGGACCGAUUGGAUCUUGCACGCGGUCAUCAGGGCGGAUAAAUAUACCGGACAGUUUUUCGUCUCCUUAAGGGGGGACAUUGUCAGGCCAAUGGGUAUAGUGGCGGUGGCGAAUGAUACCGAAGACUGUUUCUCCAACCCCUGUCUAAUAAACAACGGGGGAUGCGAGGAGUACUGCGAACUAUCGGCCAAUGGGAAACCGGAAUGUGUCUGCAUGCACGGAAGAAUUUUAAGUGAGGACGGCAGGUGCUUCGCUCCGACCACUGUGGAGUGUAAUAACGCAGAAAAUAGCUUCCGGUGCUCGGACGGCGGCUGCGUCCCCUUCCACCUGACCUGCGACGGUCUGGCGCACUGCGCGGACGCCUCCGACGAGGAGGGCGGCUACUGCGGCUAUCGCACUUGUCCCCUGGGCUGGACGAAGUGCGCGAACAAACGGUGCGUGCCGUCGAACGCGACCUGCGACGGCGUCGACGACUGCGGCGACUCCACCGACGAGUUGAACUGCGCGUGCCCGGAGGACGGCUACUUCCGGUGCGCGAACGGCGAGUGCGUUCUUUUAGCGGUCCGAUGCGACAUGGACCCCGACUGUAAGGACAACUCGGACGAGUUGGGAUGCGAGAUGCCGAACUGUACCGCGUUGCAUAACGAGCAUUUUUUGAAUUGUAACUUUACCACGAAUUGCAUCAACAAGGACUGGUUCUGUGACGGGGAGGACGAUUGCUGGGAUAAUUCCGACGAAAUUGGGUGUCCAAAAAUAGCGAAGCACUGCGACGCGCCCGGCCAGUUCCAGUGUUACAACGGCCAAUGCAUCGAGGCACGAUUACGUUGUGACAAAAAAACCGAUUGCCAGGACGGUUCCGACGAGAUCCAGUGCUCCGCCCCGAUUUCCUGCCCCCCGGACAGUUUCAAGUGCAUCAGCGACGGCAACUGCGUGCCGAAGGGGUGGAAGUGCAACGGGGUGCAGGACUGUCACGACGGCAGCGACGAACUCGACUGUACCGUUCAGUGCCGAAGCGACAAGUUCCAAUGCAAAAGCGGCAAUUGCAUCCCGAAAUCGUGGCAGUGCGACGGCAACCCCGACUGUCCCGACGGCAGCGACGAAACCGAGCACUGCAGCCAUACGGAGUGUACCAAACAAGAAUAUCGUUGCAACUCGACAGGACGAUGCAUACCGAAAGUGUGGGUCUGCGAUGGCGAACGGGACUGCGACAACGGCCAGGACGAGGAUCCGUUGGUCGAGUGCAAAAAUGCGAGUUCGAUCGUCUGCACCACCCACCAGUUCCGCUGUAACAACACCCAGUGCAUUAGUAAAGCGUAUUUUUGCGAUGGGGAUAAGGAUUGUUUCGACGGAUCGGACGAACCUGACCACUGCUACCGCACCUGUUCGGCUGGAGAGUUCAGGUGCGAAAAUAAAAAGUGCAUCUUGGAAUUGCACAGGUGCGACGGCAAAGACGAUUGCGGAGACGCGAGCGACGAGGACAAAUGCCACUCGGAGGAGUACUGUCAAAGCAAAGGCUGGUUCCACUGCUUAAACGGCGUCUGCAUCAACGACACCCUCGUGUGCAACGGCGAGAAUAAUUGCGGCGACUUCUCGGACGAGUCGCGUUGUUUCAUCAACGAGUGCACCGCGGUACCGCCGGUCUGCGACCAGAUUUGCGUCGACAAACCGGUCGGGUACGAGUGCCGUUGCCACCCGGGGUACCGGGUGUCCACGAAGAAGCGACGCCACUGCGAGGACGUGGACGAAUGCCUGGACAGGCCGUGCAGUCAGAACUGCAUCAAUACGAGGGGGUCGUACCGGUGCGGGUGUAACGAGAACUACGUGUUAGACGGGGGCAGUUGUAAGGUGAAUUCUAGCGUGCAGGCACGGCUGUUGCUUGCUAACAGAUACUACAUCCGAGAGAUCGACCUAUUGGGCAACUCGAACCUGAUCGCGCACAAUUUAAGUAACGCGGUCGCCCUGGACUACGACUGGGCCACCCAAACCAUUUACUGGUCGGACGUGACCCAGUUGGGCAGCACGAUAAAACGCCUGGUCAAUUACAGGGAGGAAUCGACCUCUGACCGGUCCGAACUCCUCCAUUCCUCCACCCUCCAAAAUCCCGACGGUUUAGCAGUCGAUUGGGUGGGGAGGAAUUUGUACUGGUGCGACAAGGGAACCGACACCAUCGAGGUGUCCACUUUGGAGGGAAAACAUCGAAGGAUUUUACACUCGAAGGCCUUGGAGGAGCCGAGGGCGAUCGCUUUGGAUCCCAUCAAUAAGUUUAUGUACUGGACCGAUUGGGGGUCGAGGGUGCACAUCGGUAAGUCUGGUAUGGACGGUUCGAACCCAAAAGUGAUCGUGAACAAGAACCUGGGUUGGCCGAACGCUUUGACCAUUUCCUAUGAGACCAAUGAGAUAUUUUGGUCAGACGCUAGGGAGGACUAUAUCGCUGUAUCCGACUAUGAAGGAAACAACAUAAAAAUAAUCGCUAGCAGAGACAAGAACCCGAAAUUGCAGCUGCACCACGUAUUCGCCGUCGACGUAUGGGAGGACUUCAUCUACUGGACCGACUGGGAAACGAAGACCAUCGAGAGGUGUCACAAAUACACGGGAAUGAAUUGCACCUCGAUCAUUUCUACUGUGCAUCGGCCCAUGGACGUUCGGGUGGUGCAUCCGUUAAGACAACCGAAGGUCGAGGAUAACCCGUGCGCACACGCCAAAUGUUCCGCCCUUUGUCUGUUGUCGCCGAAGGCGCCCUAUUAUGUCUGCCAGUGUCCGGAGAAUUACGUUUUGGGUAAGGACGGUUACUCUUGUGAGGCGAACUGCACCUCCUCGCAUUUCGAGUGCAAAACGACCUACAAGUGCAUACCGUUCUGGUGGAAGUGCGACACGCAGGACGAUUGCGGAGAUGGUAGCGACGAACCGGAUGACUGUCCCGUGUUCAAGUGCCUUCCUGGGCAGUACCAGUGCGCGAACGGUCAGUGCAUCCAUCCCGGCGACUUGUGCAACGGCGUCGACAACUGUCUCGACAAUUCCGACGAGCGGGACUGCGACGGAUACACCUGCUUGAACACCCAAUUCAGAUGCGACGGAAACGCGACCGUGGCGCCCCGUUGCAUCCCGUCGGCGCAACGUUGCAACAAGAUCACGAACUGUCCCCUGGCGGAGGACGAGGCGAACUGUCCGCCGGUCACGUGUCCCCCCAAUCAGUUCAAAUGCGCGAACGACAAGUGCGUGCCCUCCGUGUGGGUGUGCGACAACGACAACGACUGCGGCGACGGUUCGGACGAGAUGCAGGAGUGUCAGGAGCGCACGUGCGGACCGAUGGACUUCCGGUGCAAUUCCGGCAGGUGUAUCCCGCUCUCGUGGAAAUGCGACGGCGACCCGGACUGUCUGGACCAGGAAGACGAGGAUCCGACCUGUAGCCAGACGGAGUUCCACACGUGCGAACCGACCUACUUCCGGUGCAAAAACAACAAAUGCAUCCCCGGCAGGUGGCGCUGCGACUACGAGAGCGACUGCGGCGACGACUCGGACGAAAUCGACUGCGUCCCUCGCAACUGUUCGGAAUCCGAGUUCAGGUGCGGAAACGGGAAGUGCAUCAGGGGCGCGAUGAAGUGCGACGGCGAGUACCAGUGCGAGGACCGCUCGGACGAGCGCGGUUGCCGCACCGAGUGCAAACAGAACGAGUUCCGGUGCGAGAACCCGGAGAUGUGCAUCUUCAAGGAGUGGAGGUGCGACGGCGAGAUCGACUGUCCCGACGGCUCGGACGAGUUCGGCUGCACCAACGCCACCUCGUGUCCGGCGAACGGGUUCCGGUGCCGGAACGGCGUCUGCGUCGCGUCCGAUUGGCAGUGCGACGGUCAGAACGACUGCGACGACGGAUCCGACGAGGUCGGAUGUUUCUCGUACGCGUGUCCGCCCGGCAGGUUUAAAUGCAAAAACUAUCGGUGCACCCCGAUUAGUACCUUGUGCGACGGGGUGAGUCAGUGUGGAGACGGCAGCGACGAGGACAGACACAUUUGCAAAAGGUACGGAAAGUGCCCGUACGGUCAAUUCACUUGCAAGAACAAUCGGUGCAUAGCGAACGAGUCCCGUUGCAAUUCAAUGAACGAUUGCGGAGACGACAGCGACGAGUUGGACUGCGAUUCGUCCGCAUGCAAGUGGAACACCUGCUCGCAGAUCUGUAUUGAGUCAAGAGUGAAUCACACCCACUGCAAAUGCGUCGACGGAUACCGACUUACGGGUCGAAACGGGCAGUGCCAGGCGGAAGGGAAAAUGGCCGAACUGAUUUUGGCCACAGAGGCGGAACUGAGGCUGAUUUCGCCCUAUAAAAUGGGCGAUAUUAAUAAGAGUAAGAAAACCCAACCGAUCGCACCAGGAUAUAAGAUCGAUUCGGUGGACGUCCUGUACAGCAAGAAACAAGUGGAGGCCUACUGGACCGACUAUCAAAACAAACGCAUCCAGGCGAUGACCGUGCAACUGAACGAAGAGAAACGGACCAACAGGGACGCCGAAAUCGCCAGGACCGUACUGGGGAACCUGCGUGGUCCCAGGGGAAUCGCCCUGGAUUGGGUCGCGGGGCGGAUCUACGUGACCGACACGUCCAGGAUUUUGGUGGCCGACAUCGAGGGAAAAUUCAAUUUCACCCUUUCGAGCGGGAACAUGCAGAACCCGCGGGAUGUGGUGGUCGACCCGGAGGCGGGGUACGUCUUUUGGGCCGAUUGGGGACCGGUGCCGAGGAUCGAGAGGGCCAACAUGGACGGGCUGAACCGGAAAACGCUGGUGCAAAACCUCCUGUGGCCGACCAGUUUGACGAUCGAUUACCCGACGAAACGGCUCUACUGGUGCGACCCGAAGGCCUCCACGAUCGAAUCGAUCAACUUCGACGGUUCCGGUCGCAAUUUGAUCAAACACUUCGACAACUCGACCGACAUACGCCCCUACAAGAUCGAACUGUUCGAGGACAACCUGUACGUCACCACUUACCGCAAACACGACGUCGUCCGCCUAAAUAAAUUCGGCACAGGCGAGACGACUUACCUCGCGCACGGACUUACGCGCAUCUCCGACUUACUGAUAGUCCAGGAGCACAAGCGGCCAAAAGUGAAGAACUUGUGCAAGGAUUUCUGCAGUAACAACGAGUUUUGUCUGUUGACGCCUAAAAGUCCGCGGUGCGUCUGCGCCGACGGGUUUGUCAACGAUAAUUUGACGUGUAGGGCGGUGGCGCCGCCUAGUGUCGUCUGUCCGCUCGAUUGUAACGUCGGCAAGUGUAAAGUGGAGGGGGAUAAGGGGCCGUACUGCGCGUGUCCGCCUCUGUAUAGCGGCGACCGGUGUCAGACGUAUCGGUGCUCGCAGCAUUGCAAAAACGGGGGGAUUUGCGUGUUGGACAAGUGGAAUGCUACGGCUGACGAUGCUGAUGAGAAGCCGCCGUUGAAGUGCAUCUGCCACCCGCACUGGUACGGCAAACGGUGCGAGAAGCGGUUGCCGCUCUGCAAGGACUUCUGCGAGAACGGCGGCAGUUGCACGCUGUUCGUCGGUCUGCCGCACUGCACCUGCCGCGACGGGUUCACCGGGUACCGGUGCCAGCACUGCACCAACUUCGAUUGCGGCAACGGCGGCAAGUGUUCGGUCGAAAACGGCCUGCAGACCUGCACAUGCUCCCAAGGCUACAGCGGCGCCCACUGCGAAACCUCCGUGUGCGGCCCGCACGGGCAGGUGCUCGCCUUCUCGCGGAACGCGAUCAAGUGCGACUGCCACGCGGGAUUCACCGGCGACCGCUGCCAGACCGACCGCUGCGCCAACUUGUGCCGCAACGGCGCCACCUGCGUCCCCUCCACCCUGCGCUGCGUCUGCGCGCCCGGCUUCACGGGCGCGCGCUGCGAUCAGCCGUUGUGCGCGCGCUGUUGCCAGAACGGCGGCGCGCAGGUGGCGGUGCGCAGCGGCCGCGUGUGCAACUGCACCGCCCGUUGGGGCGGCGAGUUCUGCGAGGUUUAUUUGGGGAACGACAGUCCGUGCGGGGGCGGCUACUGUCGAAACGGCGGCGUGUGUCAAGUGUUGGCGGUCGGUGACGUGCCGAGUUGCCGCUGCGUCGAAGGGUGGGGCGGCGAGAGGUGCGAUCGCAAGGGGGGGCUGUGCGAGGCGGUUUAUUGUCUGAACGGGGGCAGUUGUGAGGUGGUCGGGGGUCGGGCGAGGUGUAGAUGCCCCGACGGGUUCGAGGGGGAGGCUUGCGCGGAGGAGGCGGUUAAGGAGGAGGCUGGAGGCGGCACGGGCGGGAGCUCGGUGGAGGUGUCGGUCGCCGUCGUUUUAACCGUGGCCGCCCUUUUGUUGAUCGUCUGCAUCUGCUGGAACAAGGGGAGGUACGAGGUGUUGCAUCAGAGACUGGAGGAGAACGACUUUAACAAUCCGACGUACCAAGAGAGGGACGCGGAGCCCUUCAGUUUGGAGCGGGUGGACGAGGGGGCGGAUCACGGGGUGAACUUCGGCAACCCCGUGUACGAGUCGGUGUACAACGGGGGCGGCGGGAGCGGCAUCAGGGAGGAGAAGGCGAAUCUGUUGGAGCACAGCGUGGAGGAGCCGCCCCCGCCCCCGGAGGGGCUCUAGGUUGUUUUUUAAUUUGUGAUUUUUUUUUAAAUUUUAAUUUGUAACGAGAGCAGCUCAUUCUGUUGUGCCAUUGAUUUUUAUAUUUGUAUUUUUUUUAAGAGUUUCUUGCCAAAAUUGCAGCUCUCUAACUUAGGUUUAAGGCUAUUCUAGGUUAAGUUUAUACGGAGGAAAGGGGAAGGCUAAUGACAGUUUUAGCAGUGGUGGAUACUGCCAGGGGACACGGGUACUAACCCCCCAAUUUUUUUAAUAAAAUAAAAUAAUUAAACUGUUACACGUCGCUUGGACUGCAAGAUCUCGUUUCGGCAUUUUAAAACAAUGUACAGGAGACAGGUUACAGGUAAUAUUGUGAAACUGUAAACAAAAAACAAAUUUCUUCGGGUGAACAUAAACAUUUAGCGUGGAAGUUCUUAUCUAGGACCGUCCGGAUAGUUUUAUAAAGUAAUUAUUGUUGAUUUACCAUCAGUCGUACGCUGUGUUUACUUAAUAUAAAACACAUUAAUUUUUGAAAAUUACUGCCUAGCGCUUUCGGCCGUAGGUCAUCAUCAGGGCUUAGGACAUUGUCAAAGCAACGACACAGUUUAAAAAAAAAAGGGUAAAUAGCAUAUUUGCUUAUGGUACACUGUGUCCCAUUUUCGAUGAGAAUGCAUGAUGGCUCUGUCAUUUUUUAAGAUAUGGCUUCGCAGUUUUCCCGAUCCUGUUAUCACUCUUUUGUAAAACUGUUAAAGCGAUAAACAGAAAUAUUCAAACUACUUUUGCUCCUGAAAUACAGGACGAAAAAUUCACUUGUGGAGAUGUUAUUAUUACUCAGGCCCCGUAUAAGAUAAAAAAAUAAAUACUGCUUAUAAUAUAGUUAGAAAAGUUUAUAAAGAACCGGUGACAUCAACAGGCGGCAAAAUCCGCGCAUCUCGUUAUUCUAUCGAUCGGGUCAGAUGACUAUGUCGAGGUCUGAAGACAGUGGAGGCGGCACACUUGUUGAAAUUAUUAAUAUUUAUUUGUACUAGAGUUUAAAUAGCCCUAGAUUUUUAGUAGGUAUAGCUAGCGAUAUUAUAAGUGCGUUUGAUUUAGUUGAAAUACCAACUAAGAUUCGUUUAAAAAAAUGUAGAUAAAUUAAAAUUAUAUUUUUUAGCAUUAUGAUGUGCCCAUAAAAAAUCUAAUAAAAAAUAGUUUUACUUACAGGAGGAUGCAGUUCGCUAAUUAUUUUUAAAACAGGACUUCAAAUAGGUAGCUGAAAAUUAUUUUUUAUUCGCAUUUUUAGGUAUUUUAAACAACUUGUGUAAAGAAACAAAUUGGUAUAAGCUUAAAGUUUUAUUUCAUUAUUUUGCAUAUUAUAUAUUUUUAUUCACUAUCAGAUAGUGUAUUACAACCUAAAUCAGAUUCAUCCGAUGAAGACCAUUCGAUCUCUUCAUCAGAUGAGCCUGUAUUUACUGUAAAUUUUAAAGAAUCCAAUGCUUCAUCAAAAAGGUGAUGACUUCUGAAAUAUUGUUUUCCUAUGUUGUCUAUAUGGUUGCAAAUAUUUAUCCACUCAUCAUUCGAAAUUUCCGCAAAUUUCUGCCUUGUCAAAGUUUCGACAUCCGCCAAUUUAAAAGUGGAAUUUCUGUUUGUUACCCAAUUCUUAACAGUUGCCCAAAUUUUUUCUAUCGGAUUAAGUUCUGGGUGGUAUAUGGAGGCAAACGUAACACAAUAUGUCCAUGCUUUUCCAUCAGGUCGUCCAACUUGGUUUUUAUAGUACAGUUACAUACUUUUUUUUAUUUUCAGACACUAUUUCAUAUAACUCUGUCUUGGUGAGUUUUGCAUCAAAUGUAAAAUUACGUUCCUUGAGCCAGUCAACUAUUUCCUGCUUUUUAGUUCCAGAUGUAACAUUCUUGACUACAGGCACAUUGUGAUAAGCUGCAUUGUCUAAUACUAGGACGGAAUUAGGUAGUAAAUUUGGAAUUAACUGAAAUAAUCUCUCUCCCUUGGCUGUGAAUUAUUUGUCCCUGUUUGCCUACUUUCUUAGGUGACAUCUAAAAAAAAAUUAGAAAGUAAAAAAAUUAAUAUACACAUGCACACUCUAGGCUGUACAUAUAUACCUACAAGUUAAAUACCUAUUAUUUUGUCACUUAAAAUCAAAGUAUAUUUUAAAUAAUAUAAUUUUUAACAGUAAUUAAUUUUCAUUUAUUUUUUUAAAUUAUUUGACAAUUGAAUAAUUUAAACCAAUUUUACUUACCUUUUAUAAUAAAAAUCGGAUAGUCUAACUAAAAAACCUAUAGUCUAUCACUAUUAUACUUUAAAAAAAAACACAACAGAUUUUAAAUGCCUUAUAACACGAUUAACUCACUUUUCGUACGAGACGACACUGAGUAGGCCUCCAGGCUACGUCAUAGGCUUUAAAUUCCCGACAGGUACAAAGAAACGAAGUACGGCGGCUGCUUUGUUCUUGCAGUUUCUUUAAUAAGAAGCGAGAGAAAAUAUGUUGCGGUCGUCUUUUCUCUCUGCCACCGGAUUUUCUAUCGAUUUUGUGUUGAAAAAUGGGUUUGUGCGCAUAUUGAGCAGCCGGUUCUUUAUAAACUUUUUUACCUAUAGAUAUUUCGACAUAAAAGUCAGUGGCGUAUUUCGAAUAAUUUUUUAGAGUACUGUUUUUAAGAUUGAACGGUAACUUGGUAUUUUUUUAAACGGAACGCCCUGUACAUUUUAACGUCAAAUUUUUGCAUUUUAUUUUCUUUCAAUCGAAUCUUUAAUACAUUUUAGCUUGAAAAAUGAGAAUAAUCCAUAUUUAUGUUUGUUUUUACAGCCUGACAAAUAACUUAAUUUACCUCCGUGUCGUGGGGGCCUAAAGUGUCCCCUGGCUUCUAUAAAAGAAUUUAAUAUGACAGAAGUGUCAUUUCGGCCUCCCCCCACCGCUCCUUUGACAUUUUUAAAACUACUUUUUAUGCUCGUAUUUUUGAUAUUAUUUUACUUUUCCAAAAAAAUAAACAAGUGUAACAAGUCCAUUUUCUAUAACUCGAUACGUCCAAAAAAAGUGCGUGUAAAUAAUUUUUAAGAAGUUUUAUCGUGAAGUAUUUUAUGGUUGUGCCAAGUACAUACAUACAGCAAGAAGGUGUUUUUUUUGUUAUAAUUUUUUUUUAACUAAAAUGACCCUUUUUACGUCAUCGUUUUUUGCUCAAUUUAAUGAAACCGCUCGAUUUUAGUGUUUUACCUAACAAACUGGUCGCUUUCUCACUCGAUUUUUUAUACCAUUACAAGGGUUACUGUAAGGAUUUUUAUCAAACAAUUUAGUGAAUAAGUAAAUGUCUAUGAAAUAUUCAA